CACAGCUGAUCACAUCUGUCACGCUGACAGAGGAGAGGAGAGCCCGUAAUCGGCAUCCCUCAGAGGGGACAUGUACACUGAUCAUCAGUGUGCCCUGAUGAUCUGUGUAGCCCCAGCAGUGCCACCUGUCAGUGUCCAUCCAUGCCACCUGCCAGUGCCCAUCAGUGCCUCAUCAAUGCCACAUACCAGUGCCUACCAGUGCACAUCAAUGCCACAUAUCAGUGCCCAUCUGAGCUGCCUUUCAGUGUCACCCAUCAGUGCCAGUCAGUUCCACCUAUCAAUGCCAGUCAGUGCCACAUAUCAGUGCUGCCAAUCAGUGCCAGUCAGUGCC